UUGCAGAAUGUAAAAUAGCAACAGCACCAAGUAUAAUCACUGAUUGAAAUUAUUGCAAACUGUUCUCUGAAAAGUCAAUCAAAUUUGUAAAGUCAUUCCACUCGCUGCAGUGUUUCCAUCGGAUACUUCAGUACCUCCCUUCAGCAGUAGUUGCUCCAGCAGCAGCCAUGGAACAAUUCUUGCUGACUGCACUGCUCCUGCUGCUCUCAGACUUGAGGGGAGCGGCAGAGGCCCUUGUGGUCAAAGUUGAGGUUCCAGUCUACAAGAUUCGUGGCGAUGCCGCAGAGCUGCUCUGCCACUACGACCUGGAGGGCGCUACGCUGUACAGUCUCAAGUGGUACAAGGGAGACAGUCAGUUCUACCAGUACAUUCCUGCCAACAGGCAGACUAAGACGGUCUUCCAGGUGCCGGGGGUCAAUGUCGAUACGUCUGCGACGUCAAUGGGCCACGUGCGGCUAGUGGGGCUCCCGCUGAGCGCGUCAGGCGCGUACCGCUGCGAGGUCAUCACGGAGGCACCGCAGUUCGUGACCAGAUUUGGUGAAGGAAAUAUGACAGUAAUAGACCUGCCGGCGAGCGCCCCUGUGCUGGAGGGCGCCCAUACAGCGUACGAGGCAGGGGACGUGGUGAACGUCAACUGCUCCUCACCACACUCCCAGCCUCCCGCCACCCUCGAGUGGUACAUCAACGAGCAGCGGGUGGUUGAACCGCGUCUGCUUCGCCACUACACUCCCAUACAGGAGACCGACGGCCUGCAAACUGCAGUCUUAGGUCUCUACUUCAGGACGUCAAAGCGACAUUUCCUCAGCGGACACUUGCGGCUGAAGUGUAUCGCCAAGAUCGCCAGCAUUUACCUGCAGAGUCAAGAGACGGCCGUUAGAGAGACGAACUUUCAACCUCACACUCAAGCAGAGGAAAGCCGGCAUGACCCCUUCUAUUUUUUCAAUUCUCCAUCGUCUGCGACGGUCGCUCAUCUCUCGCUGCGGCUCUUGCUGGCAGCGCUUGGACGAAUCGCUGCGUAGCGCUACUCUUCACCUCUGCACACACUAUAUCAACGGCACUAGUUCGUACUUGCGCGAGGGGGGUCUCUUAUAAAAAUGAGACCGGGGAACCACGACAACAACAACGGCACUAGUGAACACGGCGAACUAUUGGUCAAUGGUCAAGUAAACGAAUGCUUAUAUCUUGCUUCUGAACAUUCAGAUAUGUGUAUGAUAUUAUUAUGUCUGAGUUUUAUAACUCGCGUUGCCGUUUAUUGUUUUCUUAGUUAUUUUUUUGACUAAUAAAAGACUGCCAUGAGAAUAUUUUUUCUCAAGCCUAUUGCGACAGCGAGACAUUUGACAAGGAGGCUACAACAUUCAUUGGCAUGAAUUUCUGCCUUAUGAUGUUUCUUUUUCAAAACCAUUGAGAAUCUUAUCGUGAGCAGAACUCCUUUCUAAUGUCUGGACAUUUUGAAUGACCCAAUUUAUAAUAUUUCAUAUUUAAAACUUUGAUAAGAUCAACGACGUAUCUGAACGUUUGAUAUCCCUCCAUCUGAGUCAGUCAAAGCGUUUCUUAAAAAAUGAGCUGUGUCGUUAACUUUUGCAAGCCAAAAUUAAAAAAAUAUAGCUAAAUAACCUGUUAUGUAGAACUUCAACCAUUAUUAAUUUUACCAUCGUAACUUCG